AUGGCGCCUAGUGCAGUCCUUGCUGAGCCCGUCCCCCAAGACGUCGUGCCCGCCAAGUCUCUUAAUGGCACAAGCAACACCAGCCACUUUCAGCUCACAGAAGCUGAAAAGAAGGAGGUUGACUUCGUUCUCCGCACAUUCCGCUGUCUCAUUGCCGACUUGUGUGAGCAGUACAAGGGUGGUCACCCGGGUGGUGCCAUGGGCAUGGCCGCCAUUGGAACUUCCCUCUGGAAAUACGUUAUGAAGUACUCUCCCAAAAACCCCAAUUACUUCAACAGAGACCGCUUCGUCUUGUCCAACGGCCACACAUGUCUGUUUCAGUACACGUUUUUGCACUUGACCGGCUACAAGAAUAUGACACUUGACCAGCUCAAAUCAUAUCACUCGAGCCGCACCGACUCCAUCUGCCCCGGCCACCCCGAGAUCGAGCAUGAGGGUAUCGAAGUGACGACUGGUCCUUUGGGCCAGGGAAUCGCUAAUGCCGUCGGCCUCGCCGUAGCCACCAAGCACUUGGCUGCUACUUACAACCGCCCCAAUUUUCCAGUAGUCAACAACAUGACAUGGUGCAUGAUCGGAGACGCCUGUCUGCAGGAGGGCGUGGCUAUGGAGGCCAUCCAGCUUGCCGGUCACUGGAGGCUCAACAACCUCGUCGUCAUGUACGACAACAACCAAAUCACCUGCGACGGCAGCGUUGACCUCUGCAACACCGAGGACGUCAACGCCAAGAUGCGCGCCUGCGGCUGGAACGUCAUUGAGAUCGAGGACGGCAACUGGGACGUUGAGGCCAUCGUCAGCGCCAUGGACGAGGCUCGCAACAGCAAGGAGAAGCCCACCUUCAUCAACAUUCAUACUGUCAUCGGUAUCGGCAGUGCCGUCGCGGGUGACGCCAAGGCCCACGGUGCCGCAUACGGUGCCGCUGAUGUCGCUAACAUCAAGAGGAACUUUGGCAUGGACCCCGAACAGCACUUUGUGAUUGGUGAUCAGGUCUACAACUACUUCCGUGAGGCCGUGUCCCGCGGCGAGAAGAUCGAAGCAGAGUGGAACCAGCUGGUUGAGGGGUACUCCCGCGAACAUCCCAAGCUGGCUGCCGAGUUCAAGAAGCGCAUUGCCGGAGAAUGGGUGGAUGACUGGCGCAAGUUCAUUCCUGCCAAAGAGGACUUCCCUACUACUCCUACACCUUCGCGCAAGUCGGCUGGUUUGGUCUGUAACCCCAUUGCUGCUGGGCUGAACAACCUGAUGGUCGGCACUGCGGACUUGUCGCCUUCCGUUAACAUGAUCUGGAAAGGCAAGGUUGACUUUCAGAACCCUGGCCUGAAAACCGCCUGCGGAAUCAACGGUGACUACACCGGUCGUUACAUCCACUACGGUAUCCGCGAGCACGCCAUGGCUUCCAUCUCCAACGGCCUGGCUGCCUUCAGCAAGGGAACUAUUUUGCCCGUCACUUCCAGCUUCUUCAUGUUCUAUAUCUACGCCGCCCCUGGUGUGCGCAUGGGUGCUCUUCAGCGCCUCCAGCAGAUUCACAUUGCGACGCACGACUCGAUCGGAACCGGUGAAGACGGCCCCACCCACCAGCCCAUCGCCCUACCCGCCCUCUACCGCGCGAUGCCGAAUCUGCUCUACAUCCGACCGUGCGAUAGCGAGGAGACGGCCGGCGCCUUCAUCCUGGCCAUGGAGGCCAAGGACACGCCGACGAUCAUCUCUCUUUCCCGCCAGAACCUCGAACAAUACCCUCAACAUACCUCGCGCGACGGCGUGCAGAGGGGCGCCUAUGUGUUCCAGGAGGCCGCGGACGCCGACGUCACGCUCAUUGGCGUCGGCGCCGAGAUGGUAUUCGCCGUCAAGACGGCUAAGCUGCUCGCUGAUAAGCACGGUGUCAAGGCGCGCAUCAUCAGCUUCCCGUGCCAGCGUAUCUUUGACCAGCAGCCGAUAGAGUACAAGAGGGAGGUCUUGCAGUACCGCUCCAAGGCGCCCCGCGUGGUCAUCGAGGCCUAUGCAGUUAACGGGUGGGAGCGCUACGCCGAUGCCGGCUUCUCGAUGAGCACCUUCGGCCACUCGUUGCCCGGCCGCGACGCGUACAAGUACUUUGGCUUUGACGAGGCCGUCAUCGCGCCCGAGGUCGCUAAGCUCGUUGAGGAGGUCAGGGCGAACGGUAUCGACAGCCUAAGAGGGGAAUUCCGCGACCUCAACCCUAUCCACCAUUGA